AUGAAUCCUCCAAACCCUACAAACAUUAUCAACAAGAAUUCUUUGUACCCAUACGCCAGGGUUGAAGCUUAUAAGGGGCCUCUUGUACCCAUCCGAUUUACACUACCUUACAUACCACCAAGUUACGCCAAGAACGCCAGAAUCCGUCAAAGGCCUGUGCUGGGUAACAUAACCAAGCACAGGCGUUUGACGGAUUCUAACGGUGAUUCCACCGGCCAUGCUCACUUCAAUAACCGACAUGUGGAUUACUCCAACACCUACGACUUUACUCAAGAAAGUCCUUUGAAAAAUUCUGCUGAGCGUGUGGACUCUGUAUACCCUGUGCUUCAAAAAGGGAUUAGUCCUCACACCUGCAUGGUUCAAUUCAAUGUGGAUGACAAUGAAUUGCCCAGCCCCUACGAGAUUUACCAAGAAAGUCUGUCCACAGACCCAACCAAGGUUUCCAAUGGAUCCAAACCCCAAAACUCGCGCUCAAGUUAUUUCACUCACGAGGUGACAGGAUUUCGUUCUUUGGACCUGACUGAGACUGCUUUUGUGGCUUUCAAACAAAAUUUAUUCAAACUGGCCAAUGAUAUUGACGACAAUGAAGAUUUGGAUGGAAUUAGUUCCAUUUUGGAGGGGGCCGAUGGUACUGGCGGAAUUGCUAUUCAGAUUCACAUACCUGGUCAUAAUGUGUAUCCAAAGGGCAAGGGGGUUAUGUUGAAGACGGAAGAACAGUUGAAAUCUUUCUUCAAGGCGGUUGAGUUGAGCCCUCAAAAUGAGCCAAGAAUUGUUGUAACAAUGGAAGACCCGUCGAAGCAAGCCCUAAAAGAUGAGAAAAGGCUUUCAGGAUCUCAGGCCAGGCUGGUAGCCCAGACAAUCAAGAAUACCGGAAACGAACCCAGUAAUUCCAAGCUUGUGAUGAUGAUUCCGGAAGAUCCAACAGAUGUACAAAUUGGUCUUCUGAUGAAAGAGUAUGGCACAGGCUCAAACAACACCAAAGAAGGUUAUCGUGUUCAUCAUCCAAUAAACAACUGCAAAGUGAUGCAAUUGACGUUUGAGCACUUGUAUUUGUGGGCACAAGAACUAGCGAAGGGUACUGUAGGUGUCACCUUACAAAACCCGCCCAACAUGGAUGGAUUUGUCUGGGAGCUCAUCAAACGUCCAAUUGAAACAACCACUCCAAUGAAGUCCAACAAAAGAAUGAAAUCGGACAAAACCCAAAAGGCCUGUCCCUCUCAACCCGACUGUCCCUACUCCGAAUUACAAGGUCAUUAUGACUUUACUAUUGAACGUGAUCUUUUGGAAAGAUUCAAGAAACAGACGACUUUGGGAAACUACCUACUAUAUGCCUGUGUGCCGCCAGACGAAGUCGAAGAAGUGACAAAGCUUAUGACCAAAAUCUGCAAAGCUAGCAAUCAAUUGCUUUAA